AUGCGCCGUGUCAAGAAAUCCAGGAAUGGCUGUGCGAGGUGCAAGAGUAAACGAGUCAAAUGCGGCGAAGAGAAACCGCAUUGUAGCCGGUGUACACGGCUAGGAGUCCAUUGUCCUGGCUAUGCACAGUCACUUCGCUGGGUCACUAGACAUGAGCAAGCGAGUCCAACGGCAUCGGCGGCGUCCGAGGCCAGAGUCCCAAGCCCCGCGGCUUCGGCCUCAACGGCUCCGGCUCAGCCGCAGAUCGACCAUGCAUUGCCGGCAAACUUCCACUCGAAUCAGCAUACGCCGGCAGGAUCGGGCUUAGAUGUACCGAGUACCCUCUGUGAUGAUCUAUGGGAUCUGCCUGGUCAUGCAUCUUUGCCUGAACUGACGGAUCUAUGCGAGCCGUCGAUGCCGGCAGGAACGGCAUCGUUUUCGCCUUCGAGGGACUUUGUUCAUGACUUUGGGCAUUCAGGAGAGGCGGCAGCAGACUUGUCUCACCUUUUGUCACUCAUUGGUCCGGAAGAAAGUGACCCUGCAUACCGACACUUCUCUCCAUCAGCCAUUGUGCGAAGCUAUCCGCCUGCAUCCCGCCGGUCCACCCCGCGGGAUUUCAUGACCAUGUCUCGAUCGUUGAAUAAUCCCUCUUGGACCUUGAUUGAGUAUUAUUUCAAGGAAGUAGCGGCAUUGUUCUCCAGCUACGAUAGUCAGAUGAACCCAUUCAGAACCACCGUCUCCCGUCUCUGGGGUUCCUCGCUGGCCAUGUGCCGCACCAUGCAAAGCAUGGCUGCAGCCACGCUGGUCAAUGAGUUUCCGCACUUUGGACCACUGGGUCGAAAGAUGCGGGAUGAAGCAGUGGACAUUAUCACGCGCGAGACAGUAAUAGACGACAAAUCCUUACUGGCACUGCUGAUGCUGGGUCAGACGGCAAGCUGGCACGAUCCAACCGACCUAGGUAUAUCAUUCUUCAACCUUCUUCGAAAGCAGCUCAAUACCAUAACUUCGCCGAAUAACUCGGAGUUUGGACUCCCCCAACGCGACAGUAAUAACUAUCGGUUCUUCGAAGAAGCUCUCAUAUAUUGGGAAAUGUUACUUUCCUUUGUCGCAGAUAACGACAAAGGCUUAUUGUCCAAUAGCUCACAAUCUACUUCAUCGAUGGGCGAGUCUCUCGUUCUACAGAGAGUCCCCCAUCCAUGGACUGGUAUCGCACGCGACACCCAGUUCACGGUGCACCAGGUUGGCCAGUUGAUUCGCCGGGAGCGAAAACGCAUCCGCUCCAGGAAGUUCACCUCUCAAAAUGAUAUCGCCAAUGCUCAAAGAGCGAUCGACAAGUCUCGGGAAUUGGAAGAACGCCUGCUAGCACUGGCCCAUCCCUCUGAGGCCGAGAUUGUCAGCCCAGGAGAUGAUGAUACUCCAGUCUGGCAUCUUCUCACAAUGGCAGAGGCCUACCGAUGUACUGGGCUCAUGCAGCUAUACCGUGUCUUCCCAGAUCUACUUCAUAACCGCCUCCCUGGAUCAGAGUCUAGCACUUCUCAAUACCCAGGGAGUGCAGGACCAACAACCCAAGACCCGUUCUUCCCCAUCGAUCUAGACAGCAUGAACCUGCCAACUGCGUUUGGAGACCCAAGCCCGGCAGGACACACAAACACCAAUCCUUCUCCAUCCCCACGGCCAUCUACACAUAGCCUUUACACAAAUCACACUCGCGAGAGAACCAAACCUGAAGACAAUCCGAAUCCCGACAAACUUGCCAAUACUUGGCUUACCGAAUUCGCCGUGACAACCCUUUCCCGUCUGAAGACCAUUCCAUUGGAAUCUCGUACCCGCUGUCUUCAGCCGUUUUUGCUCGUAGCAUCCUGCUCGGAACUCCGUCUCCCACCUUUGAAUUCAGAUUCCGAUGUCCAACCCGAAAGCGAGGACAAUCCUUCCAAUCCAACUUCCAUGCCCAGUAUCUCCAUGGAAGCAAUUGAAGUCUCCCGCACCCGGAAAUUCAUUCUCGGUCGUCUCACUUCCUACCUCCAUGUCCUGCCACCGAAACCCAUCAAUGUCUGCCUUCAAUUGGUGAAUGAAGUAUGGAGACGGCUGGACGCUGGAGAAGAUGAUUGUUACUGGGUUGAUGUGAUGAUCGAGAAGGGAUGGGAGACAACUAUGGGCUGA